ACAGAGGGAUUAGAAAGAGAAAGCAGACACAUAGAGAAGAAGAGGAGAUAAGAGUUGCAGUGGGACAUCCAGUAAACUUGUGGAAAGACAGAGUGAGCAGCACAGGAAAGGCAAUACAGGAAUAGGAAGGGAAACGGGGCUUGUCCAACUGAGAGGAAGAGAGCGAGUUGUUGUUGUAGAAGAAGCUGGGGGGGACUGAUGGGAUGGCAUUGAUCUCUGGGAGCUGCUGCUGGCUCCUGGGCCAGAUGGCGUCUUGUUGCUGCAGACCGCUGCUCCACUCCUCUUGCUGUGGACCCUUCAUCAAAGUCUGCCUCUCCUCCUUCACAGGUCUGUCCCAGCCCGCUCUCUGUCUGCGCUACCGCUGUACUGUCAUGACUUCUACAUUCAGAUAGCCAGGAGCAUAUAGCUCUUAGAAACAACAUGGGUAACACACCUAGCCAAGAAGACAUCUCUCCUGCUGAGUUGGAUGCUCUUUGGAGGGAACCACCAUAUACUCUUGGGGAAGCACAUGUACACUUCUCAGGAAAUGACAUCAUGACUCAAGGUGAGAAGGAGGACGGUCCAAUGGUGGAGUCAGGUGAAGGCGGAGGGGAGCCUGACAGCUACUGGAAGAAGAAAGAGGCAUUCUUCAGAGGAAGUACUGUGUCACUCGGAGAGAAAUUCUCCUCAGAAAUUGAGCUGCUGUUCACUGGGAGGAGGCGCUCCAGCAUGGAUCCGGACCGGGCCCUACAGGAGGCGCUGCGCACCCGACUCCGAGUGGUGGAGAGCAACAGCCAGGAUGUGAUCCAGCUCUUUAAAGACUUGUCUGCACGGCUGGUGUCUGUCCAUGCUGAGAAGGACAGCUUCGUACUCACUUUCAAGACUGUGGAGGAAAUCUGGAAGUUUUCAACGUACCUAGCCUUAGGUUAUGUUGCUCGCUGCUUGGAGAACUUCCUGUGUGAUCAGUCCUUCUGGCUGGACCCAGAGCUGCUCAGCGACCUGCAGAUCAACGUGACUGUGGACGAGGAACAUCUGGCCACACUCUACCUGGGACUGUUACUCCAGGAGGGUUCCUUCUUUGCAAAGGCGCUUUUUACAAGAACUGAUAUGGAUGAGGAUGACGAAGAGCAGCUGGCGUUCAAUAAGAACGACUUGCUGAUGGUGAGGGACACGGGGCAGGACAACAUGUGGGAGGGCACAAAGCUCUCCACAGGAAACCACGGUCUGGUGCCGGUCAACUCCAUGCAACCGCUGCCUUACCCCUUCUAUCAGUGGUUCCUGAGGAAGUACCCUGGCAACGCUGGAUACUCGCCAGCAGAAAAGGAACUAUUUGAACAUUCUAUAGUGACAGGCUCCUGUGAAGCAAUAGUCGACUACAGUCCGGUGGGCAUGGAUGAGCUUCAGCUGAGUCAGGGGGACAUUGUGGAGAUCCAGGGUCUGUUGGUCCGAGGCCUGGCCGUGUUCAUAGGGACACACACGUCCACAGGUCACACCGGCUUCGUACACAAGGCCCAUGUGAAGCCUCUGGACUCCAAACCACUAGACAGACGGUUGGUCUUUCUGACGGAGGAGGAGCGGGCCAGUCUGGCUCAGGUUAAGCCCUGCAGCUCUGAGGCGGGGGACAGCAGCCUGCUGGAAAGACUCUUCUCCACUGACAUCAGCUCUGUGUACAGGCUAGACAGACUGGAUGAAACGGACUUCACGUACAUUAGGAACCGACCAAAACAUGAUCAUAAGGUUUCUGCGGGCGCCCGUCAGAGCGUAAUGUCAGAGAAAAGUGGAGGGACACCCCCGUACCAUUCCUCUCCUCGCACCUCCCUCUCCCACUCCUCCCCUCGCCUGUCUAUCUAUCAGUCCCACAAUCCUCUGCCACGAGAGGGGGAGCGCCUGUCCUUCACUCUGGUCGACACGUUCAGAGAACUGGACGAGUACAGGGAAGACCCGCCUCUCUUCGUGGAGGAGAACAGCUGGGAGGGGGAGGACUCUGAGUUCAGUGACCCCACAUUGACCCUGCUCAACCAUGAACACUUCCAGGAGGACUUCCUGCCUCUGUACGACCUGCAGUAUUCCUUCCUUUGGGUGACCUUUGGUGGUAAGACUGAGGACGAACUACCGGGUUAUCUAGAGAGUGUCAGGGAGUGUGCCAAGAGGUUGGGCUUGCACUGGGCACAUCGACGGGCAUGCUUUCUCCUGGGAAGACUCUGUGCCAGGAAGCUGAAGUUCUCCCAGGCCCGUGUGUACUACGAGGAGGCUCUCAGUGUUCGAGUGGACAGUUUCUCAGACACACCGUUCCUUAUCGCACUCUUCACCAACCUCACCUCUGUCUACCUGAAGCAGCGUAUGACUGACAAACUGCCCCAGACUCUGGAGAAGGCCAGUGCCCUGCUCCUCUGUCUCCCCUGCCACACCUUCACCUCUACGGACGAAGCAGAACUUCUUCACCUGCUCUUGAGGAGAUCAGUGGUGAUGGGGGACAAACACCUGGAGGCUCGCGUUUGCUACCUCCUCUCUAGCCUCUUCUUACUUCUCAGGAAGACUGACGAUGCCCUUCCCUUCGUUGAGCGACUCCAGUUUCUCUCUGUGACUCUUUCUACCACAGAGGGUCGUCCUAUAGCGCCUUUGGACCUCAACUGGCUCUUGAGUUGGCUCUAUAAUCGUAAAUACAUGCCUUACUUAGCGCUGGCUUCCCUGAGCCUGGACUCAAGACAAGACCACUCCCUUGGCGAUGCUUUCCAGAAGAUUGAGUUGUUUAUCAGGAACUCUGUUCGCCUGAACCCUUGCUGGAAGGAGGGAACUUCCCUGCUCCCUGCGCAGAUUGUGAUUUACCUCCAGCAGGCCCUGAUUAUUGCUGAGCAAGAGGAGGACCUGAAGACCCAGAGGGACCUGUGUCAGGGCUUGGCCACAGUCUACCAGCAGUAUGAUGCUCUUGAUAAGGCGGUGCGCUGUGCUCAACAAGCUGUGGAGACAGGAGGUCACAUCAAUGAGGAGGAGGGCUUUGAAGCCUCCGUGAUGCUUGGGUGGUUGUUGGUGUUGACGGGCCAGGCCGAGAAGGCCCAGAAUGUCCUACAGCCCCUGCUCACAUCCCUCCAGGGUACAGACAGUCCCACGCAGCGAGGAGUGAUCCACAACCUCUUGGCUUUGUGUCUGAGGCGGCAGGAUUGCAUCCCAGAGGCAGGCUGGCAUCUCUACUCUGCAUUGGUCAUCUCAAGAGAAAGUGGAAACCAGAGGAACCAGGCGCUGGCACUGGCCAACCUGGGCUGCCUGGCACUGGAUGUGGGGGCAUCUUUGGUGGCGGAACGCUUCUUGGUCAGAUCCUUGCGUCUUUUUCUGGAGCUUUGGGAAAGCCCCACAGACGAGGAGCAUGUUCAGACCUACCUUUGGCUGGGGCGGAGCUACAGAGACAGGAAGAAGAGUCAGGACAGCAGGGCGUGUUAUGAAAUGGGGCUACUAAUUGCACUUCAUGCCAGAAACUUACACAGUCAGAUGGUGGUGGCCAAGGUGCUGAGUCGGCUGUACGCCGACAUGCUGCUGUACGGCCAGAGUAUCGUCUACUAUGAGCACUGUGUGUCGGUCUCCAGAGAGCUGAAGGAAAAGAGACUAGAGGGGGAGUAUCUGGAAAUCCUCAGCAGCCUCUACCUCUCCCUCAACACUGAAAGAUCAUCACGUAAAUCCCUGGACUGCACCAAGCAGAGCCUGAGGAUUUCUAUCGAUUUGGGCAAGAGAGAGGAAGAGUCAGAGACCUGGCUGCAGGUGGGACGCAUCUAUUAUCUCAUCCACGAGGACGAGCUAGCUGAUAUGUACCUGCAGGCAGCAGUGAAGACAGCCCUGAGGAUGAAUGAUCAUCACUUUGCCAUGAGCAUCUACGAGGAGGCAGGAGACGUCUACUUUAAAGGCACCAGGAACAGAAUGGCUUCACUGCCUUUCUACAGGGAUGGCGGCCUGCCCUUUGCACGCAGCAUUAAGGACAUCCACUCAGAGUUCUGUUUGUUGAGUAAACUCACAGAGCUGUUAAUGAACCAGGGCGAGCAGGAGGAGGCUCUGCAGUACGCUACGCUGGCUGUGGAGGUCGCCAGCAAAACAGGUGUGCAUCUGCAUGAGAGGACAGCCUACCACCGGCUGGCUACAGUCUACUACAGCCUGCAGCAGUAUGAGAUGGCAGAAAACUACUACCUCAAGUCCCUGUCCUUCUGUCCACCCGUCAUGCAGGACCCUAAGGAGGCUCGCUACUUUACAAAUAUUUACUGCAGACUUGGCAAUCUGACACUACACAAACUGAAGGAUUCUUUUGACGCGGUGGGCUACUUCCAGUUGGCUCUGGCGGCGGCGCUGGAGGACCAAGCUAACCCCGAGGCUCUGUAUGUGGUGUACAUGAAGCUGGCAGAGAUCCACUGCAACCACAUGCCCGACGCUCAGCUGUGCCAAGUUUACAGAGACAGAGCACAGAGUCUGAAGAGAGUUCUGGCAGGAGAGGACGGCGCUGCUGAGAAAAACAUGGAGGACGCAGAGACACAGUCUGGUAGAGAAAACGAAGAAGAGGCCAAUGCUGAUAAGGAACAUACAGAAAGUUCUGUGAAGAGAAACAGCAUUAUCAUGUCUACACCGGAAAAAUGUGAAGAUAACUCCUUUCCAAGAACUUGUACAAUCCAUGGAGACACAGAGGAUAGAUGUUCGGACACUAAUGGGAAAAUAGAACACAGCAUUGAUUCGGGAAGCCUUUUAAUGAAUGCCUUCGGGUCUGAGAAAGAAACAAUCGGCAGUCAGUCGUACAGUGACAGUAUUCUUACGGAGUCCUUUGAUACAGCAAAGGAGCAGAUCUCAGACUCCAGCAGCUCCUCUGACACUCUACAAACUAACAGGAAUCAAACAGAUGGGAAAGACUUUGAUACUGACCACUUCAUGCCUAGCCAAACACCUGAAGAUCCAACAAGUGACAUCACAACACACAUAAACGCACAAAACACAGAUUCUGAUAUUCAGAAUGAAAAAAACACAACCGCUAAGGAAACAGAUGUGCAUGCAGAAAAAGAUGUCAGUGUUGAGGACAAUUGGUGUGAUACUGACUGAUAAAGAUGUAAGCAUGUAUGACUGCACAGAGAUAUAAGUGUGGGACUGAGAUGAUGUCUGGACACAGUCACGCAAUGUUCUUUACUGAUAUUUCCUCCAUCUGGUCACAUUUCUCUUGACCAGCAUGACUUCAACGUUCCAGUCACAUGGCACUUAUUGUAGGAAAGAUGAUGUGAUUACUGUUAAGUGUUCAGACAUUCAGUGACUCUAAAGCAUGUGCCUUUUGUACAAUAUAUUCUGUGGUUAUUAUUGUGCUUGUAAUAUACGUUUUCUAAAUGUAUGAUUUUGUAUCUCUGGAAGAUAUGACUGAAACAUAAAGAGGGAUGUUUUGUUUG